UCCCCUUGCCCGGUCCAACACUUCAAUUCUCCAUUUCCACAGACACAAAGCCGAAACUCCCUCUUCUUACCCACUGCACUUCACUACUCCCCUUUGCUUAUCCUUCACUCUUGGAUCAUCCCUUUCACCAUCAAAAAGCCAACAAAUAGUAGCAUUCUGGAAGCAAAAAUCUCUUUAACAGGAGCGGCAUUUUGGAUUUUACUUUCCCCCAAAUUACAAGCUGUUCCUGCUGCUGUACUACAAUUUUUCAGAACUGGAGUCGUCAAUAACAGAAACCCAGCCCAAAAAACUACCGCCGGGUAACGGUCAGAUCCGAUACCGAUCACCUUCAGCAACCGAACUUUUAUUAGAACAAAUACAACAACAACAGGACCCGGGUCCACCACUUCAAAUGGAGCAUGAGAAAAUGAUAAAACGAAACAGGCAACAGCAACACGGCGGAGAUUCGUCACUCUCCGAUAAGAUCCAUAGAUACCGUGGGGUUAUUUUAGUAAUUGCGGUUCCGGUAUUGCUUAUUUGUUUUGUGCUAUUUAUAAUGCCGACGAGUGAAUAUUCUGAGUCGAUGGGAGGGUCAGUUAAUAGGAAGUUUUCACCGAAAUUUGGAUCCAGGAAUUAUGCGGUUAUAUUUGAUGCGGGUAGUUCGGGUAGUAGGGUUCAUGUUUUUUGCUUUGAUCAUCAUUUGGAUCUUGUUCCCAUUGGCAAUGAUCUCGAGCUCUUCGUACAGAAAAAACCGGGUUUGAGUGCAUAUGCUAGUGACCCUGCAGCUGCUGCAAAAUCUCUUCAAUCACUUCUGGAGAAAGCAGAGGAUGUACUUCCGGUGGAUUUGCGCAGUAAUACACCAGUCAGAGUUGGGGCAACUGCAGGUUUGAGGCAGUUGGGAGGUAAUGCAUCUGACAAGAUUCUUCAAGCGGUGAGGGAUUUUCUGAAGAGCAAAAGCAGCCUCAAGUCAAAGGCGAGUUGGGUUACUGUUCUUGAUGGGAAUCAGGAAGGUGCUUACCAAUGGGUCACCAUUAAUUAUUUGCUAGGCAAUUUGGGUAAGAAAUAUUCUGAUACUGUUGGGGUGGUUGAUCUUGGAGGUGGCUCAGUACAAAUGGCAUAUGCCAUCUCAGAGGCAGAUGCUCAGAAGGCUCCAAAACUAUCAGGUGGAGAGGAUACUUAUGUGCAAGAAAUGUAUCUCAAGGGGGCAAAAUAUUACCUCUAUGUUCACAGUUAUUUGCACUAUGGCUUGCUAGCAGCUCGAGCUGAGAUUCUGAAGGUGACCAAGGAAUCCGGCAGUCCUUGCAUCUUGACAGGGCAUCAUGGGUCCUACAAGUAUGGAGGAAAGACUUACACAGCAUCAGCUAUGUCUCAAGGAUCAAGCCUGACAAAUUGUAGGAUGGUAGCCCUGAAGGCUCUGAAAGUUAAUGAAUCAGCAUGCACCCACAUGAAAUGCACCUUUGGUGGUGUGUGGAACGGUGGAGGCGGAGAUGGUCAGAAGAAUAUGUUUGUUGCCUCAUUUUUCUUUGACCGAGCUGCUGAGGUUGGUUUUGUUGAUCCAAAUGCAGCUGUUGCAAAAGUUCGCCCAAUUGAUUUUGAGAGUGCAGCUAGACGUGCUUGUGAUACUAGAAUUGAUGAUGCCAAAGCUACAUUUCCUCGUGUGGACCCUGAUAACUUGCCGUUCUUGUGCAUGGAUCUUGUUUACCAGUACACACUACUUGUAGAUGGAUUUGGACUUGAUGCUCGUCAAGAAAUGACAUUGGUGAAAAAGGUGAAAUACAAGAAUUCCCUGGUUGAAGCCGCAUGGCCAUUAGGCAGUGCCAUUGAAGUCGCGUCAUCAAUGAAUUAACUUGGAGAUUCAAGAUUAACUCAACCAGUUUUGCCUUUUAUUAGCUUGUGGUUAUCAUCUAUCAGCUAUUUCCGAUCUGCAACUGGGCUCGUCGUGCUCUAGAACAUCAUCCUUGCCAUUUAGUUGGAUGGCUGGUCCGAGCAAAUUCAGAUUGUUUCCCCUUUUAUUCAGAGAGGGUGGAUGGUUAAGAAUAAUGAUAAGAUCUGUUUGUGAUUAUAUUAUAGGAAACACUGAUUUGUUUCACGAUAUGAUAGAUUCAUAUAUUACUUGAUUCUUUUCAUUCA